GAAAAGAGAAGUGUAUCUGUAAAAAAAACAGUGAAACAAUGUUAAAAUAGUCAAAUAUUACAUCUAUCUUUGUCAAAUUUGCUUGCAAACGGCGCAUAAGACAACCACACAAAACUCAAACGAUACGACCUACCAAGGACAAAUCAAAUAUCCAAUUGACCUUCACCGUUCUAGCCAAUGAAAGACGAAAAAACCUGAGUCGCGGAAAAUAUAACACGUUAUAACGUAUAUCCUCACCCACCUUUUUACAAAGUCACUGAGAGUUUUGUUCCAUUCACUCGAAUUUCUGGUGUUCCUAGUCAUUGACGUUGUAAAUAUCUUUAGUUAUCCUCAUUUGCUUAUUCUUAAUUUGUUUGUCUUUUGAAGCAUGAUUCUGUUGGUACCCGCUUUGUUUAUUGUGUCGUAAACGUGAUGCAAAAUCCUGAAUCUAGUUCCAUUUAAUUGUCAUUGGUAUUAUUUCUAUAGUCCACCAGUCCUGCUAAUUAUUUAUCUGUGCUCUCCACCUCUGUUCCUUUUUGUCCCUCCGAUUCCUUUACAUUCAUUUGUUAAUCCAUCUUAUUUGUGCAAUGUUAUUUUAGCCGGUUUUGAGGCUAAGAAGUACAUACGAAAUAAGUCGGCGUCCACGGCUUUUUCCCAACAGUAUCUCUUAAUACAGUGCAUAAUUCCUAAUAUGUAACUAUGGAUGAUUUUAAGCUAGUUUUUAUUUAGGAGUCGAAUAAUUUUAAAGUGGUGAUGUAAAGGUGUUUUGAACGAAGCCUCAUACCGUAAUGUAGUGAACUAAUGUUUGGGAAAAGUGUCUGUAUAUAUAAAUAGUCCUCUUAAGUGGUCCUCUUAAAUAUAUAUAUAUAUAUAUAUAUAUAUAUAUAUAUAUAUACUUCUGUAGUCAUAUGUCUUAACGAGCUUUAAGGUAUGCAAAAUCAUUUUCAGGAUAUAUUUACGAAGUGGAAAGUUGGGCAGCACACGUUUUAACCUUAUUGAAUAAAGGGUAUUCUAAACCUACAGGAAUCCACUCUCAAAUCCUAUGGUGACAACCCGCUGCUCAUGAUGCGUAACGGUAAAGCUCAACCUUAUUGAUUUUUCUAACAAAUAGUCUCAUGUUAUGUUAUUCACAACUAUGAUUGCACAUUGGAUGCCUUGCAAAAUUGAAGCCAAAGGAGUCAAAGUAGAUACGGACCUUAUUACCAUGGGCUCUUUGAGUUCUGAGUGCAAUACUAUGAACAAAAAUUCAAUAUUGACUUCGAAUUUUCGGGGUAGACCACUGCGAGGUGUUCAGUUAGAUUUCCCAGACGGUUAUUCUCCGGUGACCGUUCAUCACAGUGGAGUGGCAUCAGAUGAACUGGAACCAAUUAAGUUUGGAACAAAACUAGAUCAGGUUAUCUUGUGGAAUUUGUCGGCACCACCAAGUUUCUCAGAUCCAAUACCAUUGUCACUCACGUGGCUUCAUUUGGCUAAUGUUUUGCAUUCACAGUCUUAAUGUUUAGUAACCACUAUUUCCUGCAUUUUUUAAGCUUUACAAUAUUACAUUUAUGUUAUAUUUGAUUGUGUAAGUAUACAAAUAAAUAAGAAAUUACUAUGAA